CCGCGUUUCCUUUCUCUUUCAAAAUCCCUUUCUUCUUCAUCAGAACUCCCACCUUAAAAUUCCCCCAAAACCUCCUUUAUUUUUUCGCACACAUCAAUCUCUAUUCUCUCUCUCUCUCUCUCUCCCUCUCUAAAACCCACAAUAAUAUUUCUUCUUGUACCAACCAUGAAAUUAUUAGAACCCGCAAAUCAUAAAAAUAAUAAUUCCCAUGGCUUCUCUCUCCAAUAACCUCAAUUCUAUUCUUCUUUUUCUUAUCUUCACCUUAUUUUUCCCAAACAUUCCUUCCCUUAUUUCUCUCUCAACCGUAGCCAUCUCAGAGACCUCAAACCAAACUCUAAUUUGCGCUCUCACAAUUCCACCCCAAAACGACAACAAAAACCCUUCUCUCAAUUGCACAACUUUCCCUCAUAACAACCAAACCCAAAUCUCCUUUAUCCCCGACACCACCUCGUUUUCCGAAAUAGUUUCCGGAAACGGUUUUCUCUGCGGUUUGACCAACAUCAAUAGCCGUACUACUACGCUCAGUUGCUGGAGAUUCUCCUCAAUCAACGGCUCUGAUCUGCAGUCCAAGCGGAUCUACAGUGGUCCUUCUCUCAGACAACUCGACUCCGGAAACUCCCACGUUUGCGGAACAGUAAACGACACAAACCGCAUCGAAUGCUGGCAAUGGUAUUGGUACAGAGACAAGUACAACUCAUCAGCUCAUCAAAAUUUCUCCAAAAUCUCUGUCGGAGAAAAUUUCGUCUGUGGGAUAUCACAAAGAAGCACCGGAAUUUCUUGCUUGGGAACCAAUAAUGCUCUGGUGGGCCAUGAGCCCAAUGGGAGUUACGUAGAAAUCUCUUCUGGGUUUUCCCACGCUUGCGCAAUAUCGACCAAUAAGAGCUUGGUUUGCUGGGGAGAAAGAAAAGAUUAUGUUGAGAAUUACCCACGUGAGAAUUACUUCGUGUCUCUGGCUUUGGGGGAGAACCGGAGCUGUGCUUUGAGAGAGAACCAGACUGUGGUUUGCUGGGGCGAAAACGGCUUCGUGUUGCCGGAAGUUUUGAGGGAAAUGGAGUUUAUCUCCAUUGAAGCGAAGAGGAGAGUUUUCUGUGGCGUUUUGAAUUCUAACUUUUCUUUGUAUUGUUGGGGUGGUGAUAGUGGAGUAAUGGGGUCGAGUUAUGAUUAUAUGGUUUUUGAAACAGUGUUGGCCGGACCGUGUAGAAGCCAAUGUCCGGGCCGGGUUUUACCGGGCUCCGGAUUGUAUUGUGGGAGAGGAUUAGUUGUCUGCUCGGAUUUUUCAGAAAGAGAAUUGACGCCGUCGGAGCCGGCGCCGGUGCCCGAGCCGGCCGCGAAGUCGUCCUCCGGUUGGAGCGGCAAAAUGGUGGCUUAUAUGGUGGUCGGUUGUGUCGGGUCAUUUUGUUUGGUGUUGGUUUGUUGUUUCUUUUUGUUUAGGUAUUGUAAGGGUAGAGUUAUUCGAGUGCACGACUCCGGCCGGUUGGAUGAGGCCGGAACCCAAGCCGAACCCGGUUCGAGCCGACGACAAGAGAGUGUUAAUAGUCAGGUUUUUUCCAGACUCGGGUCCGGUCCGGUUCUAGAGAAACGGUUGAGCCAUUUGAUAAGCAUGGGAACCAAUGGGACCCACCUAGAGGAAUUUUCGUUAGAAGCAUUACUUGAAGCGACGGAGAAUUUCUCCGAAGAUCGGAAUAUUGGAUUCGGAAGCUUCGGCUCUGUCUACCACGGGAAGCUCGAGGACGGUCGAGAAGUGGCGAUCAAAAGAGCCGAAGCCUCGGCCUCCUCGCCGUUUGCUGGCGGCGGCGGCGGAGGGACCAAAAUUCUACGACAAGCGGAGGAUAAUGACAAUGCUUUCGUUAGAGAGCUGGAGUUCUUGUCACGCUUGAACCACAAGAACUUGGUUCGCUUGUUGGGGUUUUACGAGGACAAUAAGGAAAGAGUAUUGGUUUAUGAAUACAUAACAAACGGGACACUCCACGACCACCUCCACAGGGAGGAAAACUCCCCUCUCGCCACGUGGUACGCUCGGAUCAAGGUGGCAGUUGAUGCAGCGAGGGGGAUCCAAUACUUGCAUGACUACGCUGUUCCCUCAAUCAUACACCGCGACAUCAAGUCCGCAAACAUAUUAUUGGACGACACGUGGACCGCCAAGGUCUCAGAUUUCGGAUUAUCCCUAAUGGGCCCGGAAGAUGAUGUGUCCCACCUGUCCCUUAAGGCCGCAGGCACAAUGGGUUAUAUCGACCCGGAGUACUUCAGACUCCAAAAGUUGACCGCAAAAAGUGACGUUUACAGCUUUGGAGUUGUGCUACUGGAGUUGCUCUCGGGUUACAAGGCAAUUCACAAGAACGAGACCGGGGUGCCUAGAAAUGUGGUGGACUAUGUGGUGCCUUACAUUAGGCAAGAUGAGAUACACCGAGUUUUGGACAAAAAGGUGCCACCGCCGACGCCGUAUGAAAUAGAGGCAGUGGCCUAUGUCGGGUACUUGGCGGCGGAUUGCGUGGCGUUGGAAGGGCGGGACCGGCCGCGCAUGGCGGAGGUCGUGAGCAGCUUGGAACGAGCGCUGGCGGCGUGCUUGGCAAGGCCUCAGAUGUCUCGGUCAUCUACCGAGUCGUCCACAUGAUAGACGUAGAUGGAUGGAAAGAUUGGCUUUUCCUUACUCGGCGAAUCAAUACCACAUGUCUAUAAUUCUAAUCUGACUUGGUCAAUUUUGUAUAGCAAAUCUGAUUCUUUCUUUUCUUUUUUUGAUUAGUUUUCAAAUUUUCUUUUAACACGUGUAUUCAACAAUUGUUUAUUGGGGGGUUUUUGGCAAAAAGUGUAUGAUAAUUCGUAAAUUACCUAACACAGAAGAAGUGUAGAUGUGUUUCAUUCACAUUUUUUGCUUCUCUACGUUGGUCAGUUCAA